GCAAAAGGUGAAUCUUCUCCAAUAGAAAAAAAUAGAAUAACCAAUUCUUCCAAAGAUAAUACAUCUAGACGGGAAUCUGAUCUUAAAAAAUUAAUAAAAAAUACUAAAAGAUUAGCUCCUAUUCUUCCAUCUUUGUCUCAGUAA